CGUUCAUCUCAUCAUCGUCGCCGCCUCCGACAGACUGCUGCUGCUUCCCGCAAUCCCAAGUCGACACGGGCAACACGCAACACGGUGCCACACCAGCCACCCACCUGACUGAUCUUGUUGACUCAUCCUUGUCUCAACUCCCAUCCCGGCGCACCAUGCGCAGGCUGCGCCUCACCACCCUCCUAGAGCAGGUGAUCCCGCCCGCGAUCCUCACAUACCUCGCGCUGUCAUUUCGCCGCGCCCUCGGCACCAUCGGAUACGCAUACCUCUGUGUCGACCAGCGCCGGCCAUGGUCGUCAGCCGUCUACUGCGCUGCCGUAGCAGCCGCGUUCCCCGCCCUCGUGGGCACCUUUCUGCGCCUGUACCUCCUCCCGUCGCGGCAGAGCGUGCCCCCGCCCCGCGCGCCAGGCGACCUCGCCACCCUGCGCACGCUGUUCGAGUGCGUGCCGCCCCGGCGCGCGCUGAGGGAGGGAUACACGCUCGUUCCGCGCGCCGCAGGCCACGAGGAAGCGGCCGAAGCCCUCAUCGCCAGCUGCCAUAAGGGGCGGUGUGGCGGCCGCUGGAAGCCCGCACGCGCGCGCCACUGCUCCGAGUGUGGCGUGUGCAGGUGUGCCUUCGACCACCACUGCGCCUUCCUCGCCAACUGCAUCACGGGCCCGUACCUCCCCGCCUUCCUCGCGCUGCUGUUCGGCUCGCCGGUCGUCGUGCUCACGUCCCUCAUCCCGGCGUAUGGCACGCUCCUCGCGCGCGUCCCAGCCGCAUGGGCAAACUCCGCCAUCGACGCACGCGCGGCCCGCUUCUGGGCCUGGCGCCCGGGAUGGGUCGUCGCCGGCGGCCCCGUGGGGAGGGUGAUAGUAGGCCUCUUCCUCGGCUGGCGCGGGCUCGACCAGGCAGACGGCGGCGGUCCAGGCGGCGUUGCCUCCUGGGAGAUCGGCGCGCUCUCGCUUAUCGGGCACCUGCUGGCGCUGCUCACCACGGCGCUGGGGUACUCGACCCUCCGGCACGUCCUGUCCGGCGAGCUGACUAUCGACGUCGAGCGCGCAAAGAGCCUGGCGAAGCUGCGCUCUGAUAUUGCCGCCAAGCGGGCGCGCGGCGAAGAGCCAGGCGAGGACUUGAUUGCCGAUGCGGCGCGCUUUGCCAACUCGCACUGGUUCUUCGUGCCGCUUGAAGGCAGCGAUGAGUGGGCCGGCGCAGUCCUGCCUGCGCUGGAGGGCGAGCGGCCGUACGACCUCGGCGCCUGGGGAAACUUUGAGCAGCUGAUUUCCCGUGGCAAGGGGAUUAGCUGGCUCGCGCCGUGGAACGUGCUCCGCGUGAGCGUCCCCGACUCGGAGCUGUGGAACUGGCCCGUCGCGCCGGCUGUACGUGCGCGCUUGAUCGCCGACGCCGAGAGCAUCGCGGCCGACGACGAAACAACGUUGUUGUCCCACUCACACUAGAGGCCAUCUUAGGACGUCUACAUAGAGAAAUGAUAUGCUUUUGUAACAACUAAUACUAUGGCAUGUGGC